AUGCUGAGCAAUAUUGGUGAUCCCGGUAAUACUGGUGAACAACGGUCCGCUAGGAGCAGCACAGACGAUCAACCACCUAGUGAUUAUUACCUAUCUCCUGUUUCUAUACAGGGUAAUACACCUCAGUCGAGGCAACUGCAUCAAAGUCUCUCGAAUAUCACUAAUCAGAGCAACACCGAACUGAAUAAUAUGCCUUCAUCAAUAGAUGUAAAAUUUGCCCUGUCGUAUGGGCGUUCCAUGAGCAACGGUAGUAAUAACAUAAAUGGUACAAGGACGUCGACACCUGGCUCAACUGGAACUGCAGUGAACAGCACAUUAUCCAACAGUGUCUAUAAUGACAGAGAAAAUUUCCAUUCAUAUUCUGCUUCUUCACCUGCACAACACCCCAAUGGUAAUUUUCAAAACGACUACAGAAAUUUGGCCACUGAUUCAAUGACAACCAGCAAUGUAUCUAAAUCUGGUACACCUUUAUCUAGAAGUGAAUACGAAAAGGAUGAACAAAAUCACUCAGCAAAUGGUACACCUGUUAUCAAACCGAAUAUUAAUGUCAUCUCAACCAUUAAGGAUGCAGAAGGGAAUACAGUUAAGAGAAAAUACUCAAGAAAUGGAUGUGCCGAAUGUAAGAGGAGGAGAAUGAAAUGUGAUGAAAGUAAACCAAAGUGUUGGCAAUGUACAAGACUGAACAGAGAUUGUGUCUAUAUACUGAAUCCUAAGAAUAAGAAAAGAAAGACUUCUAAGGGAAGUGAUAGAGUCAAGGAGGAACGAUGUGAGGAACAAAAAUUAGUCAAUGGACAAUUAGUUACUUCUAAUAAUGAACCACCACAAGCAACUAUAACUCCUCAACUUGAUAUACGUCAUUCUCCCAUUACGCCAAUAUCUAGUAAAAGUGCAGAGACGAAGAAUCCAGAAAUACCAAAUGUAUUGCCAACUUCUGACCUAAUGGAUGGUUUUGACACCAACUUAUUAAUGCAAAAUUUAAAUGAUAUGGUUAAUAUGAAGCUGCAUGAUUCCUUUUUGAUAAACGACAAUUCACAAGAAUUUGAUCUACCCGAUUUUGAUCUACCCGAUUUACUAUCAUCCACCACAAGCGCAUCGAGUAGUGUUCCAAUAUCUUUCCUCGUCAAUAACAUUAUCACAUUCAACUCAAAAUUAACGUCCUUUCGUCUUGGUGGUAUACAUGACAAAUACCUACAGGUGUUUUACUAUGAUUGUUUAGACUCAAUUGCGCCAUUUUUCCAAGAUCAAGCCAACCCUCUGAGGGAUAUAAUAUUGUCAUUUGCAAGAAAUGAAACUUAUCUCUUAUCAGCAAUUCUUGCAACAGGUGCUUCCAUUGUUCAUCGUAAAAGCAAUGAUAGUCAGGACGAAAGAAAUUACUGCGCUUAUCUAUCGAGGUGCUUGAGUUUACUGAACGAACAAUUUCAAAAUGAAGCAAAUGUCUUGAAUAAGAUAGAACCAAUAAUCUUGACAGUCAUUAUGCUGGCAUGGGAUUGCAUAUACACAAUGGACUCGCAAUGGCGUUCACACUUAAAGGGUGUAACAGAUCUAUUCAAAAAGAUCACCAAAGGGAACUCUUCAAAAGUUUUGAAUGUUGCUAAAUGCUGGUUCAAAGUCAUGGAAACUUUUGCUGGUGUAAGUACUGUGCUAGGAGGUUCACUAACUGAGGAAGCUGAUAUCGAUGCCAUCUUUGAUCCACAUGACUACCAAUACGUUGAUUCUUUGAAGUUUUUGAAUAUAAUGACCCCAUUGAAUGAAUUCAAUUUAUUGAGAGGUCACAAGGAAGAAUUUGAUCUAGUCAUUCGAGAUGUUAUAAAAUCCUUAAGCGUAAUUAGAAAUGUGGAAAAGAAAGAAUUCUCAAACGAUGACAAGAACGGAUUUUCUAAGAGAAACUUAGAUUACCUUCUUUGGUCUUCACGUAAUACAGAUCUAUCAACCAAGGAUGCGCUAUCUUACUUCAAGACUCAGAAAAUUCUGGUACAGAUAGAUAAACAACUAGAUUACGAGUUCAUCGACAAAUCUGGUAUCAUUCCACCGACCCAUCAGUCUCAUCCAAAAAAUAGUGGUAUCCAUGACAACGCCAUCGACUUAGUGACUUUGAGAAAUGGAGAAGAGAUUGCUAUUAGUUGGUAUGAUAUUUCCCAUCAGACGCAGGUGUUGUCCUUUUUGCUAAUCGUACUAUUAAAGCUUCUAGGGAUACCGAAAGAGUCCUUAAGCAUUCAAGAUGUUGUGAAGAGAAUCAUGUCCUUUUUCAAAUUUCUUGACAGUGACAAUCCUCCAAAGAACCUGAGAACAUGCUACUCCAAUUUUGCAGUCUUGAUCGCUGGUAUGAAUGCCAUGGAUGAAGAAACUAGAGAUAUAGUUCGUAGUUACUAUAAACUAAAUGGUUCAUUUUUCAGAAGAUUGACUGAGCAUAAUCUGAAUAGACUUGAAAGAGUUUGGUAUGGAAAGGAAUCGGAGGCUAACUAUGAAUUAGCAGACCAGGAUGUCUUGACCUGGUGA